AUGGACGAAACCGGGUUCUAUUACAACCAAGCACCGCGAGGCUCUCUCUGCCUCAAUGAAGCGCUCGCUGUGAAGCCGGACAAGUCGCAGAUUACACUAGCGCUGUCAAAGGAGCCACGCUGGCUCAAGCACAAGCCUAGAGAUGUCAAGUACAAGUCAUCUAACAAAGCGUGGAUGACCACGGAUAUCAACCAGACGUGGUUGAAGGACCUCGACGACACGAUGCGCACUCAAGGUAGGCGCAUUCUUCUGCUCGUAGACAAUGCAUCUUCUCACAGCGACGAGGGCGUAAAUCUCACAAAUGUCCGCGUGGAAAAGCUACCACCGAACACCACCUCGCAGCUCCAGCCGCUCGACCAAGACAUCAUAUAUUGGGUGAAGCGUGAUGUCCUGAGCAGAAAGAUGGACUUCGCGCUGGAGCUAGUAGACGACGUGACAAGAGUGGAGACUGGACCUGCGGAGGAAAGCGUCUGCCAGAAGUAG